CCCUUCUUGGUUUAAUAGUCAAACAACUAAAAACACUCCACUCUCUCUCUUUAUCUCAAGAACCAGGUCCCUGAUUCAACCAUCAAACACUCCUCAGGAAAACAUCAAAUUCUUGUAAUUGAAGACGAUGAUGAUAAUGCUGAUGAUGUAAACUCAAUCUAUUUCAUCUAGAUUGCUGAGGAAGACCCUUAGUGCAUUGGUCAGAAUCUAACAACCAUUCUCUCUAAAUCUCACUGGGAAAAAAAAAGUUACAGAUUCAAGUAUUAAAGACUUUCUAUUUGUCAAUUGCUCACACUCUGGUUGAUUUGUUAAGGUGUGCUCAGAUGAGGAUAUAGGGUGUGGGUGAAGGACUAGUUUUUUUGGUUUUUUCUGCUUGUGGUUGCUGUUGAGGAGGGAAAGAGAUUUUAUUUGUGGUUACAUAUUCAAUCAUGUUCAAGCAGUCUCCAAGUAGGAAUCAAAGGUCCAAAGGGGGGUUUAAGGUAAAACAUGCUCUACAAAUAGGUGUAUUGCUUGCUGUUUGUAUCUGGUUGCUUUACCAAGUAAAGCACUCUCAUGAUAAGAAAAAAGCAUUUGAUGAGAGCAGUGCACAAGUUUCAGAAAAGUUGGAGAGUGAUCAUGAAUUGAUAAGACUUGGGAGGAAGGAUCUCAUUCCUCGAGUAGAAGAGGCAGUUAUCCUGAAUGGACAGCAGAACGAGGAUGAAGGAACUGAAGAGGAGGAAGACGAAACCAAGCAUGAGGAUGUAGAAGAUGAUGAAACUAAACAUGAAGAGGUUGAAGAAGAAGAAGAUACCAAACAUGAAGAUGUAGAAGAAGAUGGGGAAGAAAACAAACAUGAUGAAGUUGAAGAAGAAGCUAAAGAAGAUACUGACGAUGGAGCAGAAGAACAUGAUAGAGAGGUAUCCGAAGAGGACGCUAAGAUUGAUGAGGAUGAAGAAGAGAAAGAGAUAGCUGAGAGAGAAGAGAGAGAGAAGGAAGACCAAAUUGCAGAUGUGGAUCACAGCAGAAAUACACAAGAGGCACGAGAACAGGAGACCGCAAACGAGGAUCAGAUUGACCAUCAAGAUCACGAUAUGAAUACCCAAGAGGCACGUGAAGAGCAAUAUAAGGGGGAUGAUGCUUCCAGUGCUGUUCACCGGGACACCCAACUUUUGAACUCGGAUACUGAGAAUGGAGUUUCGGAGAAAUCAAAUGAGGAAGAGAACGUAGAAAAGACAGAUUCAGGUGAAUUAGGAUUGCAAAACCAAUCUAAUAGCACGGAGGUUGUCGAUGCAGGUCAAAAAGAUAACAACCUAAAGACAGAAGAUCUAGAAAACGUGGAAGAUAACCGAAGUUUAAAUGUAACAAAUGGUGAGGAAAAAUAUUCUGGGAUCAUGUUAUCUGAAUCAGUAGAGGAUUCGAAAUCUAACUCGACUGCAAAUGUAGAGUUUAUUGAUCAACAACAAGUCAACAGUUCAGUACCAAUACAUGGACGAAACUCGAGCUCGUUAACGCAAAAUGAAACAGAUGUAACCCAGGGUGAAAUAGUGGCAGCGAUUCCUUCUAGCUCUGGAGACCUCCAGACGACUAUAUCAGAUCAGACUGAGAAUUCUAGCAUGGCUAGCGACAAGGUGGAAUUGGUUUCAAAUUCGACUGACAAGGUGGAAUCAGUUUCAAAUUCGACCGACAAGGUGGAAUCAGAUUCAAAUUCCACACUCUUAACUACAACUGAGAAUGCAAAUGCAACUAACGUGGAAUCUGCAGAUGGACAAACUAUGAAGUCGGAAAUAACUAGAGAGGAUGCUGGUAACUCUGUAACUUCAGUUACAGAUGAGAAGAAUAUCGAUGGAGAUCAGAAGGACAAGCCUGAGACCACCGCAGGAACCGAGGAGAAAGAUAUCAAUGGGGCUCAGAAGGAUGGGCCUGGAACCCCUGCAGGAAUAGAGGGAACUAGUAAUUCUGUGACUUCAGUCACAGAUGAGAAGACUAUCAAUGGAGAUCAGAAGGACAAGGCGGAGACCACCACAGGAACAGAGGAGAAGGAUAUCAAUGUAGCUCAGAAGGACGAGCCUGAGACAACCGCUGGGACAGAGGGAACUAGUAAUUCUGCGACUUCAGUAACAGAUGAGAAAAGUAUCAACGGAGACAAUAAGGACGAGCCUGAGACCACCACAGGUACAGAGGGCACUGAGGAGAACUCAACCACGUAUGAUGAUCCCGACUCAGUUGAGAUCAAGUCUGCUGAUUCAAAUGACAAUCUGAUUCCCGAAGUAAGAGAGGCAGUAACAGACCUGGGUACAUUACCAGAGACUGCAACAGAAGGAACAAACAGCGAAGAUGCAUCAGAGAAAUGACAAGUUUCUGGAAAAAUUUUUUACUAUCCUGGCAUAUGUUCCACGUACAGGGAUGGAUGACUUGUACAUAGGUUUGGGUUAUUUUCUUCUUUAAAGUUUAUAUGGAUAAAAUUAGUUUCUUCGUAUUUGGGUGCCUUUGUGUAGGCUAAAACAAAGCAAAUCUGUAAGUGUUUUCCUGCUUUGAAAUAGUCAUUUUUAAUAGAACAUGUUGCUAAUUGUAGAGGCUUUUAAGUACGCUUGAUAGGGUAGGGUGAAGAAAGAAAUCGUAGCCACCUAUUUGUUUGAUAAGUCUUGUUGAUUUUCUAUAAAUAAAUCGUAGUUACCUCCUGAAA